GACCGGAAGUCGUCUGGCGGCGGCCGUUGCCGUGGGAACGCGGCGCUGUUUACCACCGAGAACGGGCCUCCUGCGCGCAGGGCUGCUGGAUGGAGCCGCGGCCAGGCUGCAGAACCAGCAACUGCCUGGAGACCCUCCUGGACUGACGGCCUUCCUGGAGCCGCCAGUCGCCCGGAACCCAUGGAGCAUCUUCGGCAGGCCUCCUGAAAAGCAAUGGCAGCUGCCUCACCCCUGACCAUCUCACCCUCUGAACGGAAGGUCCCCUUCGGCAUUGCAAAGUCCCCCCGCUGGCCGCCACUCCCCAGCGUUGCUAUGCAUGUCACCCGGCCAAAGUCCGCCAAGGGGCGCACCCGGUCCAGCCUGAGCUAUUCCCAGAGCCUGGGGGCCUACUCCUACCAAGUGCCAUCAUCCCCGCAGCCAGUCGCCACCCCCGGGGAGGAAGCGGUCAGCAGCCGGAGGGCAGCCUCCUCCCAGCUCAUCCAGGCGCUCCCGGCCGAAGUGCCGGACCUCCUCCAGCAAGUGCCCACCAGGACCUCGUCUUCCCUCAACAAGUACCGGGUGCUGCCGUCCAUCAGCAGGAGGGAACGGAGGAUGGGCACCGCCGAAGUGAUGUUCGAGCAGGCGGGUCAGCUCCCAGCCGGCGCCUCCGAGGAGGAAGAGGUGCCGAAGGCCCCCCCCCCUCUCCUGCUGGAACACAAGGGGGGAGGCGGGGAGUACCCCCAGCCCCCCUUCACUCCCCUGGAGAGGCCUCCGCCGGCUAAAGAGAGGGAAGGACGCUCUGCCCCCACGCUGGCCCUCAACCUGGAGGAGCCCCGCGAGGAGCCCCGGCUGCUGCUGGCCAUCCGCUCGCCUUCGGGGGAGAGGUUCGAACGCUACUUCCGGCCCACAGACAACCUGGGGACGGUGGUCGCCGUGGCCGAGCAGAAGAACACGGCCACCUACCGGCGCUGCAGGAUCGGGACGGUGGAAGUGCCCCGCAGGACCUUCUCGGACCUCAGCCGGUCUCUGCAGGACUGCGCCAUCCACCACAAAUCCGUGCUGUGCAUCCUGCUGGACGAGCAGCAGGGGGAGCUCUGAGCAGCCCCCCCCCCCCGAAGGAAACCCAGCCCCUUCCCAGCCUCCCUCCGCUGCUCCUUUGGGCCCAGCCGCUCUGCCCCUCCUGGGACCCUCACUCGCCCAGGUCUCCCUGCUCAGCCAAGAGGAGGGCCGGGCCUUUGCUUUCAGGCGCCCUCUGUCCCUGGGAGGGCCCAUCUCUCCCCCCCCCCCAUCUGCAUUCCACCAGGUAGGCAGGGGGCCGUUAUGGCUUCUUCCCCGUCCCUCAGGCCAACCUUCCCUUCCUUCUCCCUUGCUGGGCCUUCCCUCCCGAUUCAACGUGAUUUGGAUCUAGAAGGGUGCCAAGGAAACCGUUCCCAACCAGUGCAGGGCCAGCAGGAGCUCCCACGACUGUGCUCCAAACCCCCCUUGUGCAGCUUUGGUUGAAGGAAGGUGCAGGAGAUCCUUUUUUGGGGUGGGGGGGAAGAGUGAAAGCUUUUGCACAAGAUGGGAAGACGGGCCCUUGGCUGAGGGAAGCGCCCCCCCCCCUGAUGUUCCCCUCUCAAGGCUCCUGCUGCGUUCUGGUGAGGGGGUGGCCCUAGAUAAAGACUCCUUGCUCAGCCUUCUCCAGGUCUCUCUCUGCAUUUUUAAUCAAAUUUCUUUUACAAGAUUAUGGCACAAAUUAAGUCUGGAAGGACCCUCCCCGAACGGGCUCCUUCUCCAGUGUAAAUUUGAAAUUCAGUGUUGUUUCUGGCAAGAGGUUCGGAGCCCUCGGCCGCUCGGGUGCCCAGGCAGCCAAAGACAGUCGUGGGAGUGGGCCUGCGCUUCGCAUUGCCGCCUUGCGUUCUGCCUGGGGAGGGGGGAGGGCUUUUCCCAAAGGGCUGCUGUGCUGCUGCUGCGUUUUGAACCAAGAAAUCAACUUGCUUUGAUUAAGAGUGGCCUGUUGGUGUUAUCAAAAAUGCCAUUUUUUUUUCUCCUUAACUGUAUUUGAAGGUUUUAAAGAAAAAAGCUUCUCUGUCAGCAGGUAGAGUUUGAACUCUCGGUAUUCUGCACCACGAGACUAAAUGCUAAAAGAGUGGAGAGCUUGCCAAAAACAGUCCGUCUUCCGAGUGUUGAUUUCUUAGCCCCGACAGGCCAAAGGUCGCUGGCAGGCAGGCAGGGGAUUUCCCAGGGCCUGGGAGCCUUGAGCUGCGCUGCUGUCCAGCCGCCGUCCAGCUGGCCCUGGGGCUCAAUUCAGCUGUGGCGAGGGCCUCCUUUCUCUCCCUAGGGGACACGGAGAGGGUGGGACACCCAACAUGGAAGGUCAGUACUGGGGAGGGGCCAGGCUGCCUUGGCCUGCCUGCUUCAGCUUUUGGGGGAAGGAGACUGGCGAGGCAACCUGGCGUCGUGCAUUGCCCAGUCCAAGUGGGCAGCUGGGAAAUGUAGUCACCUGGAGGCCACCUAGUUGGGGGAAGGUGGUAGAAACAACCAUAGGACCGGGGGGGGGGGGGGCAGAGAACAUCCCCACAACAUGACUGGGUGCUGGUUUUUAUGCCUUCUGCCCCCUGGCACAGACCGGUUGGAGCAAUGGGAAAACUACCCCCAUGGAUCUCCUCGGGAAAAGGGGUGUUAUGUGUGGACCGAUUAAGGGAAGGGGAAAUAAUGGCCCUUUUUUUGCACUCGGUUAGGGAACCCCAGGGAAGGUAUUCUGAGGAAGAAUAUAUACACGCUUUAAAAACACUGGCAGGUGAAUUUAACCCUAAAUAUUUGGGCUUCAGCUUUGAUGCCCAUUUCAGUCCCCCUUCCAGUCGGUGGAGCAAGCAUGGGAAGAUUUUGGGGGGGGGGAGAUAAAGAAAACGAAUUGAAGGGCUUCCGAUGGUGACGUCAUUGGGCUAAGAGCGGGGUAAGGGAGUUGGGGGUAACCCCUAACUCUAACCUUUGUUUGGGCUCUUUUCUGGAGCACUGUUGAUCCCGAAGAGAUCAGCAGAUCAAAGGGGAUACUCUGUAGGCGCUGGGGUGAUAAGGCAAAUCCCCCUGCGGAUAGGAGAAACCCCCUAAACGGACGAAAUAUCCUACCUUUUGGUUAGGACCUUAGCAAUGGCGGCCGCAUAGAAGGAAGAACAGAGAUAGAAGCAGUUGAAAUCGGAUGCUUGUUAUUAUUGCCUCAGCCGUCUCCCUUCUAUUUCAAUUAAAAUGACAACAAACUGAGUCUCUCAGGAGGGCCAAGCUCCCACCUGAAAAGGCCAGGCGAGACCCUCCUCGAUUUAGAAAUCCCCCCCCCAGGCGUGGCAGGAGGAGGGGAAGGGCACCUUCAGCCCCCAGAAGAUCCCUUGCUACCCACUGCAUGGAAGGCAGCCGAGGCCGGGUGUCGGAUCUGGUGCGGUCUUUAUUCUAACGGAGAGGUUACAUGGGAACGCAGCAGCCCCCGCUGCCCCUGUGUGCCCGGCUGGCAUGGUCACUUGGUGUGGCCAGUGCGGGCGGGCGGCUCCCUCCCACCUACAGCCCACACGUCUCCUGCGGAAUAAAAAUAAAGUAUGCCCCAGCGCACUAAAUCUCUGGACAGCCAGGGUUUUUUAAACCUCCUUUGACACCCCCCCACCCCCCACCCCACAGACCCCUAAAGCCCUGGACAGAAACCGAAGGAGAAGAGGAGGCUGUGCACAAACAUCCUGAAAAUUUAGGUCCAUUUCUAAGACGGGCAGGGCAGGUACAUCGUAUUCUGCACGACAAGAAUCCCCACCUCCCUCCCAGCCUCCCUUUAAGACGCAGGGAUGAAACCUCAGUCGGCUUAGAAAAGGGUCCCCCUAUCAAGCAGCAGCUCUUCUGCCCCCCCCCCCAACAGCCCCCCCCAAGCAUGAAUAAAAACACUUUCCAUUCCACCGUGCCAGAGAGAGAGAGAGAGAAAGCAACCGGAUCCAAACCUCCCUGCAGGCAAAAGCUGCAUCCGCUGAGCCUCCUCGGCCACAGACACCCCUUCCUGCCAUUUGGAGUCACUACAAUUGUAGGCAUGAUCUCUUCCCCACCCCCCACCCACCCCAAAAAAACCACACCCCAAUUUGGGGCCAAAUCAAAUUGGUAGCAAUCAACCACACACACACACACUGCAAAUCACUGGCCUGAUGCCCCAUCAACGGAGGAGGACGGGGAGGGGAAGAAAGCUGCAAUUCUCAGCAUGGCUCCAUUGAAAUGGGGGGGGGGGGGCUCUUCCACACACACACACACACACACACACACCUGCCCGGAGGUGAGGCUGAAAGCCCCUCCUCCUGCCUGCCUGCCUGCCUGCCCAUCCCUUCCUCUGGCUUUAGAUUCAGCUCAGCACUGAAGCUCCCACAAAGACGUCCCCUGCUGAGCUGUCCCUCUGUUCAAAGGCCUUUUAAUUCCUCUUUUACCUGCCACAGGUGGGGCCCUGGGCACCUGCCAAGGCUUUGGCUUCCCUUCCCCUGAACAGCCAGCCAAGGUCUCCAGAUUCCCCACCUGGGAUUGCAGCUCCCCAGUGUUUCUUGGGGAGGGGAAAAAGGAUAAAAA